ACGCACACGUGCGUGCGUAAUCGUCGAAAGUCACGGGAGGCAAAGAUACUAAAAAGAAGACAAACAAAUGUAAAAUAUGUCCGGAUGGCGAUGUGCGUAUAAUAAUAAGCAGUGGUCCUGUUCGUACCGAUGACGAGAUAUUCGUAUCGAUCUGCGGAUCGGAGAGUGCGAAUAAAUCUUUUUCCCUGAGAGUCCGGAGCUUGAAAUUUGGAGCUUCUAACAGCUGAUGCCUUAUGCGACCGUGAUCCAUUAGACAGCGGGAAUGUGUGACGAUAUUUUCACCAUGGCCCUCCAGCUAUGACCUUGUCACCAUUGCGAUUCAUAGCCUCGAUGCAUCUCGUCAUUUUUACAACAAAAAUUCACGCGACAGACACAUAAUUUGAAUAUUACGUAGUUUUUUUCUAAUUCGUAACUGGUUAUAAUUCGAACAAGAAUAGUUAUUGUAAAGGAUCUUAUAUUCUAGAUUUCUAGUAUUCGCAAAGAAAUUUCAAAUCGGCUUAUUUAAUCUAAUCUAUUCUUACUCGAUUCGAUAUUGUUGUCAAAUUUAUGUCCACCGAACUUGGUCGCAAACGUACGAAUAUCGUGAAAAUAUGAAAAAUUCCAAGCUGCGAAUUCUGCGAUCGUGUCGGUGAAAUUUUGACGUUUGAAAAUUGACCGCCAUGCGACCGUAAUGAAGUAGGCUUCGAUUAAUCUCGCUCGACGAGAGCGCGACCUGAUGUCCUUACGCGCGAACUAGUUUUUGUCACAAAUUCGAUUUCAUUGGGUUGGCAAAAGUGCUUUCUGUAUUUGGGGAAGUAACUAGCGUAUCUGAAGUUUAUCGAAACCACGACAAUUCGGCACGUCUUCUGCACGCCAUGUUCUUGCUCUUAAUAUCGACUAGUGACAGAAGAAUGCGUGGUGCGAAACUUGGGUAUCGUGUGGUAAGAUUGAGUGGUCGGAUGUGCGUUUUAAACCAUUAGUUUUUAAAUAGAAGGGUAUAAUAUGAUACUGUGAUAUGUUGAUCGGGAUAAUGUGACACGAUAAGCGAUAUGCGGGCAAGUCGCGGCCAUUUUACAUGCGAUACAAUGCGGCAACCGUGUGUGUAUAUUCAAUCCGCCAUUCCAAACAAUCAGUGUUUCCUCGGGUGCAUCUGGAACGGUGUUUAGCAAUAAAAAAAAAACCCCAUAAUAAUAUAAAUAAUGAAGUAAAUCAUACAAUAUUAUAGUGACGAAUUGUUGUGCAGCCGCCGGCUGUUGCAGACUAAAAACGGGUGCGGAUCAAUGCGCGCGAGUGCAUAACACCAAGGGAAGAUUAGUUGUCCCCCCCCGAUAAUCUUCUGUCUCCCUUUUUGCCACCCCCACCCAUUUUGAUCCCACUCCAAAAUCUAUCUCUGUCGGUUUUUCUUCUUUCCUCUCUCAACUUGUCUCUGUUCUACCCCAUGGUUUUUUUUCAUUUCUCAAUCCAUUUUAUCAUCCAUGUAUCCUCUUGGUGUUGGUUCGACGAACCGCGAGAAUGAGAAUGAGAAUGAGAAUGAGAAUGCGAAUGCGAAUGCGAAUCCUAAUGUGACGUACGCGUAAAAAUACAUGUGUAUAUAACGUAUAUACACAUAUAUAUAUGUAUCGUACGUGCAUACGGCUUACAUAUGAUGGUAUUAAACGGUGCAUGUGCGACGAAGAACGAAGAUAGUGUUGUUUUAAUAUAAAUAAUGGAGAUCGCCGAAGUCAAGCAGAGAAAUCAACGAAAUCGGCGCAGGGAGCGAGCGCAACGGAUGCUCGCUCAAAGGGAGAGUAUUGCUAACGCUAAGCAACAGCAGCAACAGCAAGGAUUAGGAGGAUUGGUUAUCGCGGGUGAUGCCCUCGAUCCUCGUACAACGGGGGACGAAAGUCACAGCGGUGAGGACGAGCCUGGUGCUCCUCACGGACUCGCGAGGGGCAGGGGUAGGGUUAGAGGUCGCGAAAAACACCCGCGACCACCGAGACCCAGGAAAAAGUCAUCCCUUAAUCACAAGGAACCACCGUUCGAAGAGGACAUUGUCGACGGAUUUGCCAUACUCGCUUUUCGCACCUACGAGGAACUCGAGAGCACAAUAAAGCUAGCUGGUAAAAAUAAUGUGAAGAAACUACACACGCUGUUAUCGAUAGCUGAUGAAAAACCUAAAGUAGAUACCGGCCAGCAUAACCGACAUAACGACCUUCACAUCAAGAAUCAUUUCAAACACAACCAUUAUACCCAUAAUUCCAUUCUGACACCAUCUACACUUACCCAGGGCCUAGAUGCAGGUACAAGUGACGAUAGCGGUAGAGCAUCUGAGCAGCUGCAUGGACCUAGUAUACCCAGGGAUUGCCAAGACCCCGACAGUUCAAGGGACCAUCUUAGCGACGCUAGCAGUCAUUGCAGUUCGGGAAAAGGCUAUAUCUGUGAUAGUGAAGGAGAAGACGACAAGGGAUCAGAUGCUGAAUCUAUACUCUUUGAAUCUUCUACCCCACCUCCUCUUGCACGUAAAUUUGAGUUGCCAUCUUCUUCACCUCAUGUACUGCCUCCGGCAAAUGGUGCAGGAGGAACACCUCCAGAUACGGGUGGGCAAAUUUCAAAUCCAGCAACAGACGCACCAGCUCCAAUACCACCCCCAGUGCCUGCCACUGCACCAGUACCCACGGUGCCCAGCCCUCCCAGCCCUACAUUACCUCCUCACAUAUCCCAGCCACCCAUGACCAGUCCGUUAGCAGCGAAUCCUCGUGCAAUAGCUCCGCAACAACGGCCUGCAUCACCAGCCCUUCCACCUCCUUCUUUACCGCAACAACCGCAUACAACAAUACCAGUGUUACAUCCACCUAACGUCCCGAUAGUUUCCUCUAGCCACACUACUAGUCCGGCAGUGGCCAGUUUGGGAGUAACUCCAGCGGCUCCAUCGAAUGGGGCUGCGACAACUAGCUAUCCACCUCCGUUACCGAUGGCAGCGUAUCCGCAAACACAGCCGUCUUAUCCUCCGCUUUACACACCUUACACUGCUCUGAAUCAUAGUCCGUAUCUUCCCCCUACUGUACCAUCACCCUCUCAUUCAGCUUCUUCAAGAGCAGAUGUGAGAGGAAGCAGGGCGUCGCCUUGCACAAAUAUUAGUAGGCAGGCUGUUGUUAGUAGUGUCAUGAAUCACAAUAAUACUCCACUCAGUGCUGCAACGACAACAUGUGUUUCUACGAUAACUAAUACAGUGACGACAGCUAACACUGUUGUCCAUAGAGACAUCAUGGCGUGCAGUUUAGCUGGUCGUAAUAAUAAUUCUCCACGUGGUCACAGUCCUAAUCGAGAACGAGACAGUUAUAGCAGCAACGUGAGUAGCCUAAGCCGUGGCAGUAUAACACCCGUUAGUGUGCCAAAUACAUCCUCCCCAGCCAAUUCUAGUCUACCUGCAUACUCAAAGGCUCAAGGAUGGAUCAGCAGCAAUACGACAGCUCAGUUAUCACCGGCUGCAGCAACUUCAGUUCCUCGGCCUACGCCUCCUCCGGUGUCCCUCGGAAUGCACUCUUUUCCUCCACCGAUGUUCGCUGCUCCACUACCACCACCGGUUUCUACCUCCAGUCCACAUACUUCGAUGCCAUCGCUUCCGCCACCUACAUCAAAUCCAAAUCCUUUUUCAGCUGAAUCGCUCUUCCAAACAAGAGUGAGUCAUGUUGCAGGUCAAACUGACAUGUUGAGGAGGGAGUUGGACAACAGAUUUCUGGCGUCUCAAGAACGCGGCGUAGGUGUGGGAAAUAUUGGUCCCCCGCCGUAUCUACGUACCGAAAUGCAUCAUCAUCAACACCAGCACACGCACGUCCAUCAACAUACAACGCCGAUGCUUCCUCCGCCAACAGCGACUACACUCUUUCCUCCUCCAAUUUUUAAGGACAUUCCAAAACUCGGAGAUGUGGACUCUCCGUUCUUUCGUGGAAACCUCAAUAUUUCUGGAUAUUCUGGCUUCAAUGCUGGCCUUAUGCAUCCUGGAAUGGGUCCACCAUCGACGCCAUUUGUACCUCCUAAUCAUCUAACUUCGUUUGCACCAAAGAAUCUAAAAUUGCAGAAGACAGGAAAAUGGAAUGCUAUGCACGUGCGCAUUGCAUGGGAAAUUUACCACCAUCAACAAAAGCAACAAGCCGAGGCAAAAGCUGGGGGUGUUUCUACCGGUAAAACUGAGCUGCUCAGGCCACCUGGUCACCUGUACCCCGGUGGGCCUGGCAAUGGUCUGGGAAUAGGUGGCCCUAUGGCACCUCCAUUUUCCACAAAUUUACCUCAAGCCCACCCACCGCCUCCACCACCACAUCCAGUAACGUUUCUCUCGAAUCCAGGAUCUCAUAUGGGUUCCGGAAUGUCACCUUUUGGAAGAUACCCAACGACAUUCGGUGCACCGAAUCCCAAUUUUCCGGGAUUGUCAGGAUUUCCUCCACCGCCUCGAGAGAUGUCAUCGUUAGGAGGUUUGGGGGCUGUUCACGAUCCAUGGCGAGGGUUACAACGCACGAAUCCUGGUUACCCUCCGACGACCGUAUCGUGGAGUUUGAAGCCAGAGCCACCAGUGAUAGAUAGGAGAGCUGAAAUGGAAGAAAGAGAACGUGAGAGAGAGCGAGAACGAGAGAGAGAACGUGAGCGUGAGAGAGUGAGACGUGAGCGAGAGAGGGAGGAACAGCGAGAACGGGAAAGGCGAGAGCGUGAAAAAGAGGAAAAGCGAAAACAAGAAGCUGCUGAACGCGAAAGGGAACGUGAAAGGAGAGACAAAGAACGUAGAGAAAUGGAAAGAAGGGAGAUGGAACGCGAACGAUUACUUCACCACAAUCGUCAGCAAGUAAAUGUCGGCCGAGAUCGAUCUCCACUUAGGAAUGGAUCAACUCCUAUCGAUACCGGGGAAGUGAGAGUCAAAGAAGAACCACGUAGCAAAGACGAUGACGUUGUAAUGCUACCCAGGCCUCCGCCGCAAGGCCCUGGGCCACUGUCUGAUCCAAGGUAUCACCCGCACCCGCAUUCGCACGCGCAUCCACCGCAUCCACAUUCAUAUCUUGCAAGGCAUUCUCACACGAUGCCCCAUUCUUUGUCACGGAGCAUGAUGCCCACACUGAGUUCUCAUCCGAUGCAACACUACCCUCCUCCUCCGAAUGCGACACAAGGAUCUCCGUGGCCUGGAGACCCCUUCAGGGAUCCAUACCGGUACGAUCCUCUGCAACAACUUCGUUAUAAUCCGUUGAUGGCCGCAGCUGCUUAUCGAGCCGAAGAAGAAGAGCGAGCAAAACUUUACGCCGGUUAUGCGCCUCCCUCGGUAAAUGCCAUGAGAAGCAAAGGACCCAGCCCUGGACCUCUGAGUAAUCUUCAUAUGCAUCAUAGAGCAGGUCCCGGACCAGGGGUACCCGUACGACCUUUGGAACCAUCGCUGAUGCAUAACGAUAUUCAUAAAAAAGAAGACGCUUCUCAGUCACGAUGAUACCCUGAGUUUCCCAAUAAAGGGUCUAAAAAAGAAGAACAGUGCAAAUUAGGGGGAGUUGGACUAACUGCAGUGAUGUCAGAGGAUUAUUGAUAUUUUACAUUAGAAACGCAUUGUUUAACGUUGUACAUAAAUUAUAUGAUAUUUAUAGAUAUAAUUAGAACGAUUAAUUGAUGAAGCCUUGUGUAAAGAGAAAAAGAAGGAGGUUAACAAGGUAUUCGUGAAAUUGUGUCAUACAUACACAUCGGGUUACUAAUUCGGUUUCAACAGUUUCGGGGAUCUGACUGUCUAUAGUGAUAAAUAACUGAUAACUUUAUUAAUACAAUAUUAUGCGUACAGUUAAAAUACCUUGUGUAAUAUUUACUAUAGUAGGAUGCGAGAUGACGCUACGUAAUUCGAAGAUAGGAAUUUAAACAGAUGUAGCAUUACUCAAAAAAAAAAUAUAUAUAUAUAUAUAUAUAUUUAAUUAUUUAUUUAUUAUUGCGACGUAUAAGUGAAUUUGAAUCUCUGUUACUCCAUGGAUAUAAUGUCGAAAAAUCGUCUCUUAAUUUAGUCGAUGUUACAUAAAUACUAGGUGUAUAAUUUUAGUUUCUCUAUAAAGAUACCUGUGCAUACAUAUGAUGUAUGCACAUGUAUGCAUAUAUCUGUGUAUAUAUGUAUACAUGUGUGUAAGUAUGUAUGUACACACUAUGCAUAAGUGAACAAUAGUUUUUUCUUUUUAUUCAAUAGAACUUAAUUUGUAAAUUCUUAUUAAUGGGUAGUGGAUGUAAAAUACCUUUGGUAACGACAGUAUCUGCUCUGAAUUUUCACAAUAGAGAUGGUAAUUGAAAAGCCUUGAUGGUUUGAUAAGCAUUGUCAGUACUUUCCUGUGAUAUAAUAAUGGUAUAUGGAUCACCGUUGGUGUUGCAAAUAUAUGUUAUAAGUAGCGCAUGGACAUAUUUCGGACAUGAAAUCCAUGGCUGCGACAACUAAGUAGUAAAAUAUGUCUUCAAAAUUAGGUCAUUAUUAUCAUUUAUUAUUAUUAUUAUUAUUAUUAUUAUUAUUAUUAUUAUUAUUAUUAUUAUUAUUAUUAAUAUUAUUAUUAUCGUCAUUAUCAUUAUUUGAAAUAUAAGAUCUCCAAAGCAGAGAACAUUAUAUUAGAGUUAAAUCCUCAUUUUCACAUGUAUAUUAUACAGUAACGACGGAAUUGAAACAUUUUAUUCUGAAAAAAAUUGAUAGAAAGAAAAGAAAAAAAAUAUGGCUUAGCUAUUUAUUAAUCUACACAAAAUCAAGAUUUAAAAUUAUUAUCUGUGCUACAGAUUUUGAUACGAAAAAACACGGUAAUUUAUGUCUUCUGACUCAUGGAUUGGAACUUAUAAAGUGCAUUGUUUGUAAAAGUAAGAAUGCUGUUGAUUCAACAAGGCAACGUUGCAGUAUCAGAGAUUCAAUGGAAAAUCUAUUAAAACACAAUUCCCCGUGCCAUGGGCUACGCUAAUUUUACUUGGGACCCUUUGAUUAUUAAUUGAAAUCAUCGUUUUUUUUUACGUUGUUCAUUUUAAUUUUGCAUUUGAAUAAGGUUCCCAUUAUUUGUUCACAACUGUAAAGCCAUUAUAAAAUUGUAUAUUAUAUACUAUUUAAAGAUUGUAGAUAUUUUUCAUCAGUGCGAAUUGCAAUGCGAUGCAAUGGUUCUGUUUUGUAGAUAUCGCGAGCAUAGGAAACGUUUUGUGUGAAUAGAUUUUUUCUAAAAAUUGAUUCUUUGUAAAAGGGUCUAAAUAAUCAUAGUUUCUAUCAAAGUA